AUGGCACCUUAUGAGGCGUUAUACGGGAAGAAAUGUAGAUUGCCGCUUUACUGGGAUAAAGUGGGCGAAAGAAGAAUCUUAGGGCCAGAUACAGUAGGCGAGAUGAUCAACAUCGUUCGUCAGAUUCGACAGCGUAUUAAAGAGGCCCAGGAUAGACAGAAGUCUUAUGCCAACAAAUGCCGAACCGACUUGCAGUUUGAGUGUGGGGAUAAAGUCUUUUUGAAGGUUUCUCCCUCUAAAGGGAUUAUAAGUUUUGGCGUGAAGGUUGAGGAAAUAUGUUCAAGGCACGUGAUCCAAAGGGAUGGCGUUAUCCUCAGCCCAGAUAUGAGCUAUGAAGAGAGACCCGAAUCUAUCAUAGAUCGGAAAGUUCAAGUACAAAGGAAUAAAUCGAUACCCUUAGUAAAAGUUCUUUGA